AUGAUAGCAAGAAGAGAGGGAGAAAAGAAAGCUCAAGAAAAGGUGUGGUACUGUAUAUAGAACUGAAAUAUAACUAUACCAAAAGUAUGGAACGUGAGCAACAAAGAUUGAAGGCUAAAACACUUUUGCUGUCCUGUGCUUUGAGUAAGUCUUACUAUACAGAUGUUCAAAACAUGCAUGCAUGAUCAGAUUACGAGUGAUCGAAGGUCCAAACACCCAUGAUCAAAUUGUGUCAUGUGCAUUCCAUUCAUUCUUAGUGGAAGUCCAAGUGAAUGCUGGCUACAUACAUGUACAGUACAUGCUAAUUAGCAUGCAUAAUAACAACCUGGGCCGGGUUGUUCGAAGUUGGGUUAAGAUAACCUACAGUUAGUGCGAAAUUUGGACUCAGAUAUGAGGGCUUAAAAAGCAAAUUCAGUUUAAUUCUCUUUGCCUACAGUUUGAUGAUUGGAUACUCUAAAAAGAAUAGAGAAAAUUAUCCGAGAGAGUUCUUUUGAUAACAAGAUAAGGAAACCCGGGUUAAAAUUUAACCCCGGGUUAGCGCUAACCGGCAUUCGAACAACUGGGCUCUGGAGAUUAGGAUUGUUGCCCACAAUGAUACAGAACAGUGGAACGCCGUCUCUGUGACCUCUACGGGACCAUGAUCGAUUCAGGUCAUAAUAAUGAGCUGGACCUUUUAUCAACUGUAGGUUUUAUAAUAAAGUUCAGAUAUAAUACGCACUGGUUGUAACAUGAGUGUGGGCCGACUUUACCCUUCAAGCCCCAAUAUCCACAUACAAAUUCUCAAAACUGAUCUCCAUACAUCUCCUUUAAAGUUAUUAGUUGAGAGAAUUUGAUUAUAUAAAGAUCAUGGAAUUUUCUCUAUGAUGAUCAUUUUAUUAAUUCUCAUAACUUUAUCUCUUGACAGUGUAUGGAUAUUGUUAGGAGAAAAUUGUUGUUGGUCACUAUUGGGACUUAAAGGGUUAAUCAUGAAGCUCAAUGAUCUGACAUUAAUUUUGUUGACACAACCUUUUACUUCACCAGCCAGGGUAGUAAAUAAAAACCAAGUGAACUAACUCAAUAUUGAUUUUGCUCUUGUGCUAUUUUGUUUUGUUUGUUUGUUUGUUUUUAGAAUAAAAUAUAUUUUUUGUUGUCUUUAGCCAACUUUUUUAACAAAGGAACAGAGAGCAAUGGAAGAAUUGAAAAGACGACAACAGCAAGUUGAGGAACAGAAAAAAAAGACUGAGGUAAGAGAUGCAUGUUUUGUCCCUUCUUGUGACUUCCUUACAUGUGAAUUUCUUAAAUUUAUUUUGCACCAGGCUUUGGUUGUUUAUGGAGAUGGUGCUCAUUCAAUGGAUAGAUAGUGAGAAAUUACAUUCACAGCAAAUAGUGAAUCCAAUUUUAUUUGUACGUGUACCUUGUGCUUAAGUCUUAUCUUCACUAAAAAGCUUACUGUUUAUCAUAUCUACUUAAUUAUGAGAAAUGUCAUGCCAGUUCCAUCCCUAAGAAUAUAACAUAACUGUUUUGGAUGGUUCCUGUUUAUUAUAGCUUAUUUCUUAAUUUGAGCAGAAAAAUUAAAAAUUUCAUACCAUCUACAUUGUUCUCUCAGAUGGUUCCUUUUGAGCUUUGCCUAAAUGGCAAGCUGGGAGGCAGAUAAAAUAAUUAGUUAUUUUCUUUCUAAGUUAUUAUUAUGUUUUUCACCUUCCACUUGAUCAAUCAGAACAAACAAUACUACAGUGGAACCCCACCUUACGGCCACCUCGGUAAUAUGGUCACCUCAUUAUUAUGACCACUUUUUUUGGCUGCCCGGCAAAAAUGACCAUGCAUUUUCUUGUAAAGAAAUCCUCGUUAAUAUGGACACCUCAUUAUUAAUGCCAUUUUUUUUGGCCCAUCGGUGACCGUAUUAGCGGGCUUCCAUCGUACCAACCAGUUUGGAUAACUUUCGAAAACUGAAAAAUUUUUUGUGGCUUUUCAUUUCAAAACAAACAGGAGGAGCGUCAAAUGAGAGAGAAGUUUUUAAGAGAGGCACAAUAUUCAAGAGGUAAGUAUUAGAAAAAUCUUUUUAAUUAAGAGAACCCGAAUCAUUUCACACUGUUUUAAUGCUUUAAAUAUCACAGCACAGAAAAGUACACAUAAUUAUUAAUGAAAACAAAGAUGAAAAGAAAAAGACAGAUUAUUUUUACGUAACUACAUAUACAACGAAUGAAACUGACAGUAACAUGAAAUAACUGAGGUUUAAUUUAGGCCUGACAUUGCUCAACUUUCAUAGUUUCUCUAGGAAAGGAAAAGAGGAACAGGUGGAUGGUUUUACUUUAAGGGGGACUUACACAUGUGUAGCUAACAAUGCAAUUAGCGAGUUAAUAGGGUAACAGGCGCAAGCCAACAAAGUUAAAUAAGGAAAUUUUCCAUUUGUUUCAAAUAAUUACAGCAAUGUGCUACUUGUCAUCUCAAUGAUGGAAUUUAACGUACCCUUAAGGAGGGACAUGCAUGAAAACGCUCCAGCUAAUUAGUGGGAGUAAGUAAUUACCUGAUAUCUCCCAAGAAGAAGAAUGAGGCGAUGGCUUUACUUCUUAGUACAGUUUGCUGUAUUAUUAUCUUGUUUAAAGUAGCUGUGUCACGAAAUUCAGCCAAAUUAGGAAAUUACAAAAUGCCUGUUAAAUUAAGAGAAACAUAAAAAUAACCGCUUAAAACUUUAAAGGAAGGUUCAAAUAACAUAACAGAAACAACAGAUGCCACAGAUGGGCAAAACUGAAGAAGACUGAAAUGGAUUGAAAUUAGGGUUUUUGAAAACUGUUCAGCCUAACAGUUUUUCAAAGUUGAUCCCUGCUGCUUGCAACUUCAAAAAUAAUGCUCAGGAGACAUACAGGCGUAUUUGUUUGUCUCGGAUCUCUAAUUUUGUCAUUUACCUGUAAUUUCUUUACUUACUUUAAAAUACAGCGAUUGAGGGCAAGUAAUUGGCAAAAGUAAACAAAAUUUAAUUAUUUAGAUAAACUUUAAUAUAUAUAUAUUUUUUUCAUUUUCUAAAGAGGAGGACGUGGAAAGGGAAAGAAGAGAAAAGAACCAAACUAAAGAAGAGGUAGUGUCUUGCCUGCUAAUUAAGCUAGGGAAGGGUGGAUCAUGAUUUUUUUUUCCAUGGUGGUCCAAAGUCGACGUCACCAUCAAAACUAUUUUACAGCUAAUUAUUUCCACCCUUCAUGAUAGUUAUUUUCUAGUAAACUUCAACUACUUAGAUCCUUAAAUUUGAUCCUUUACUGGUAAUAAUUAAUUAUUUUUAGUUUAAAAGCUGUUAGUUAUUCAAUUACAUUUUUUUCUUGUCUGAGGGUUGAAUUUAAGGGUGUUUUGGAUCCCAUGAUCUUAUCCUGGUUCAGUCACUACAAGGGUCUAGUUAAUGAACAUUAAUUGGGGGGAAGGACAUGUGAUAUUAAUUUACUCAUUAGUGCACAGUUAAUGGUGAGUGAUUAUUUGCAAAAGUGAAGAAUAAUUCUUACUUAUUUAUUUACUCUGUUCAAAAACUCUUUUUUUAGGCUGAGAGUGAAAAAGAAAGGUUGCGAAAGGUACUAGGAUUAUUAUAGAUUUUACCAAAAACUCAGGAGGGGUUAUGUAAAAUUAUAAAUUACAGCUAUUGCAAAAGAUUUUACAGACGAUUGUAUUUACACAAGAAUAUAAAGCAAGCCGCAAUGAAACAAAAUACAAUGGUAGCUUAGAUUAACAUUUUGGCCUGCAAAUAAAGAAAAAAAAUCUCAUAACAAUAGCACAUAAAUUUAAGAAUCCCAACCGUUUGGACUCAAGUCAGUUGACUAUCUUCAAGAAGGCAUGACUGAGGAGUUGAACUUGCCAAUGUCGUGAACAACUGUUCCUAGUGGUGAGAGCGUGAUUUGAACCUGAUGCAGUGUUCUCACCAGGAUUUUGCCUUGGGGAGUCCCAGGGCCCCCUCUUCUGAGAAAUGGGGGCCCUGUAAGAACAUUAGGGGGACAAAGUUACAAAAAACACGCGGUACGAAGAACCUGAGCCCGCACUCCAGAUUGUCUGUUACAUGAAGUACCUACCUGAUCCAAUAUGGCGGAAGAGGUGUUUACGAUUCGGAGGAGGAGUUUACGAUGUAGUGGGACGUGCGUGGGACCAAUGAAAGUAAAGGCAACAAAAUUAAAGACUUUGACUCAUUUGAUAUCAUGUUUUUUUAUUUAUUCAGACAAACAGAAUGCUUGGCAAGAUUUCCGUAUAACCCCAUACAUUAAUUAUGCAUACAUUCAUUGUUUAAAGAAAACAAAAGACAGAACAAUACUAAGCCUUUGGGAUUUCAGCUAUUGUUUUACAAAUUUUUAAUUUUUUUUCUAAGUCUUUUUUGAAACGCACUAAUUUUGGCGCUUUUUGCACUAAAAUAAGAACUUUUUGGAACAACUUUCGGACUAUUUUCGCUUUCCGAAACCUAACUUUUAUAAUGACCCCAAAGAUAGUGAUAAUCAAUGUAAUUAGUAGCGUUGAGUAAACUAUCCAUCGAUCGUAACACAGGGUUUAAUAAACAACUAAAGUAAAAUAAAAGUCUACCUUAUUCGUCAGAGUUGCCUUUUUUCCUGAACUAUAUUUUCGAGUUUCUACCGCCUCCUCCUACGUCUGAUCUGUCUGUUUUAUUUAGCCCUUUAUGCGUCGUUCCCAAUGUCAUUAUAAAGUUCGACGAUAUGCUUUACUAUGCUUCCAAAGAGAACUUCACCGUAAUGCCUACGCCACAUAUUUAAAACUCCUGCCAGUAGUUGCUUUGAAUGUUCCUGUCAGGGCAAACCAUGCUUUACCCCUCCAUCUAUCUGCGAUGCACUGCGUGUCGGCACCUGUGUCAGCUGGGUGUAUUUUACGAAGCUUGGGCUGUUCCUAGCCCUACUCUUGUAGAUAUUCAUAAGACCCAUACUCGUCGCUCAUCACGUCUGUACACCUCCAAAAUUUGAGCACAAAUGAUGGCCAAAAUGAGUCUCAUUAUUCCUGUUCUUCUUGGACAACGGCCGGGGCAUUUUUGAAAAACGCCGAAUGACCCUGAAGUUUAGUUAUGAGGGUUAGGAAACUGAGUGAAUCAGCUUUCAUUUAAGUCCUCUGCCAAAGCUCUUGCACAUUUAACAGAAGUUGUGAGGGCAGCUUAUGUUUUCCUUACACCACUCUAUGUACCGGUCGCGGUCAUGAUCCACCAGUAUUCUGGACAGCUUUUUAAAAAUUUAGUUGAGCCAUACUAAACAUGAAAGUUGACCAAUUAAGUCUCUGACAAGUGUAAUACAAGAGAGGAGUGCUUGAGAAGCCUGUGCGUGCUUGUUAUUGCCUGAAGAGAUGCAUGUUUUCGUGGAUAUGUUACAAGCAAAAGCGUGAAUAAUUUACAUGAAUACACAUUUCAGUUCUUUUGUUAUGUAUAUUUGAACUUGAGCACGCAAAAAGAUAUCAAUUUUUUGACCAGGGAAUCUCAACAAAUCGUCGUGGUCUAGUGGUAUGGCAGAGAGAUAGGUACGCCAGAGCUACAGUGAAGCGUUGGUUCAAAUCUCGCCGACUACCGAAAAAAAAAAGGAAAAAGGAAACCGUGGGGCACUGGAGAGAGUGGUAGGUGAAUGAGAGGGGAAAAAAGAGAGAGAGACGGGUAGAAAAGGAUGAAAAAAAGACAGAAAUUGAAAUCCUCUUUUAUUAACGCAGUAAGUAUUUAUUACCGAUGUAUAUAUGCAGUACUCUGGGGAAUUAACCAUUGUCUUAGAAGACAAUAAGGCGGAUGCAUAAUUAAUGACACAGAAUGCAUAAUUAAUGUAUGGGGUUAUACGGAAAUUUUUCCGAAUGCUUUAGUGUUAGGGUGACCAUUAAAACUACUUAAGUCCGUUUGACUCGUAGCUUGCCCCUGCGCCCUAACGGGCGCAUCUUCUUGGUUUUAAUGCGCCAUUUCAGUUUUUCUUGCGGGAAUCCGGCAAGGCCGCGGCCUGGUGAGAACACUGCUGAUGUGAUCAAGUUUGAAUCCAGCACCCCACACAACUUGGCCAUUCUGACUCCUCCAAGUCUUAAUCAUUUUUUAUUUAAGGGUUUAGGUGGUGUACUGUACAGUUUUUAGUAAACAUGCACAGUGUAGUUCUCUUUAUUCUUGUAGAAGAAAGAGCAAGAUAAAGAGGUGCAAGCUAUCAAGGUAAUGUAUCAUCAUCUAAAUAAAAUUUGUGUGUGAACAAGACAAUGUUUAUACAUGUAUGCCAGUAAUAAAAUUGUCUAAAGAAUGUAAAAUCUUUAUCUAGUAUACAAGUCAUAAAAAUAGUCUGUUGCAAUUAUUCAGAUGGUAUGGAAUGGAAGAGUGUCAGUACAUGAUUUCUAUGAAACAACUAGGAUUUUCUGUGAGAAAGAUGAUUUUUCCGUCAGUGACACAGGUGACUCAGAAGAAAAAAAUCCCAGUUUUCCAAAAGGCCGAUUUGGACAGUGUGAUUUUUGCCUAUGACUAUCGUGCAGGACUAGCAUGCGUCAUGACUUCACAACAGAUCGUGUUGUGUAAAUUAGACCCACUUCAUUCGUACGGCACAUUGGGGAUGUCAUAAGUGAAAAUUGUGCGCAUGUUGAUGAUCAAAAGGCGUGAAGUAUGCUAGUCAUGCACGAUAGUUGUGAGCAAAAAUUGUACUGUCUAAAUCAGCCUAAUAGGAGUUGAACUUAUGACCUUGUGGUUACUAGUCCAGAGGCUCUACCACUGAGCUACAGGAUACUCGUGGAAGCUGAGACCACUAGAUUCAUGAACCCAGGAGCAAAUGUUAGGCAUCAGGGCACAAGCUGGCAUUGCUAGAGCACAGCCUUGGUUUUCAAGAUAGUGUUGGAAGGCAAAAGGUCUUGUAAGUUCAUAAAAAAUAUAAUGUCUACUUAGAGAAACUUGGAAACUACCUACUAUCCCUCCCCUAACCCAAAGGGAAAAAUAGUAGUGUCAUUGUUGGUUUAGUGGGGGAGGGGGGGGGAGGUGGGCAAAUCUGAGAAUUUUAUGCUGAUCUAAAAGGUACAUGGACCAGUUUUUUGUUCAAUUUUUUUAGGAGGGAGUAUUUUGUAUAGAUUGUCUGUACAAAUUAGUGGGAAUUUUAUGGCUAUUUGUCUCCACAAAAUGACUGUUUUUUCACUGUUCGAUCCUGAUGUGAUUUAUCAGUGAUUUCUGUGCGAGUGUUACUAAGAAUCUACCUUGGCAGAAAUCAUGCCUUAAAUUGCAUUAAAUGUCACCUGCGUAAAUGGGCCUUUAACAAUGUUUAUCUGUCCUGCUUCAUUCCAGGAGCGAUACCUAGGUGGAGCCAAAAAAAGAAAGAAGGUUCGUCGUCUUGCUGACAGAAAGUUUGUGUUUGACUGGGACACAGGGGAAGACACUGCAGUCGACUACAAUCCACUGUAAGUAAUCACAUGACUGUACCAAGCUUUUUGGUGCAAUCACCAUUGACACAUUUAGUUGUAACAAGCUUUUUUAUUGAUUUUUUUGGUGCAGUAGUUUUUAUUUAUUUUAAUUAGUAUUAUUGAGACACAUAACAAAUUGGUAUUACGCUGUUUGUUAAAAAUACAAAUGAUUGUAAAUUAUUGAAUGUAGAUUUACCGUAGUUGACUCGACUGUAUUGCUGUAUUGUACCAAUAAUAUUAUCAUGACUGCUCUUGAUUCAAGUGCUUCAAAACAACACAGGCUCUUGUCACAGUCCGGAGGUACUUACCUAAGGGUGGUACUGUUAAAAUUUUGGCUGUUUUAAUAAUGCAACUCUUGUUUGGACUAAGAUUUCAAUGUUGUCAGGUAUAUACAAUUAGGAGAUCAGGAACUGGACAGGUAGCAAGUUCUUUUCCUUCUAUAUUUUAAGAAAUCAAAUAGACCAUAGAAAUGACAUCAAAAUGUUCAUAACUCAAGUGAACCACGAGCUGCAGGCCUUUGAAAGUAGCAGGGGGCAUAUUCUUAGUUGCGGGAGAAAUCCCAAGCCCCUGGGCGUCACUGAGAGCCCUGAUUCAUGUCGGUUAUUAAAACUGAUUUCACAUCUAAACAUAGGUUGUUGUUAGAGCGACUUUCUCAUGACCUUGAAAUGAAAACGCGCGAACAAAACAGAAACAACAAACGAACGGAAAUGGAGCGAUUUGAUUAGUUUAUCGAACGGAUACAAACGCGCGUGGCUUUUGGUUACUUAAGCGAACGCUCGGGUGAAAACACUUCAUGCCCGAGAACUUUCUAGAAAUCAAUCGAUACUUCGCUAUGACGUCAUUCUGCAACACGAUUGGCCAAUCGAACAAUGUCUUCUCUGUAUUAGGGUUUCCUUGACGGGAAAACGAAGAGGCCAUGUUUUGAUCUUUUCACCCAUUGGCUGAUAAAACAAAUAACGAACACUUAAAUUUGUACCGAAACCAUUUUUCAAGGUCAUACGAAAAUCUCUCUAACAGCAUCGAGAAGGCUUACAGAAGAUAUCCAUCUACUUAUAUUAAUGAAAUAGACACCUUUCAAACAGAUUUGGAGGCUUCUCGAGUCUCUAAAAGAAAAGUAAAAGUAAACAAGACUUUGUUCAAGUAACCAGCCCAGGGAGUUAAGUUCUGAUAUGCUUCUCGAUCAAGAAACGUACAUUCAGUCUGUGUAACUCUCUUUUUUACUUACAAGUACUUGUCUCGCUUAGCUAUACAGAAAAGCAUCAAAUUCAGCUCUUUGAAAGAGGACAUAUUGGUGGAGUUGAUAUCAAGGUAAACAUUCAAAAUCAGCUGGGGUAUCUAACCACAGUCGAAACCACGGAAUUAGAUUGUUCAGAGAAGUGUUCAAAGUUAUGGAUGAAUAAGCAGGCAACAGAUGCAGGGGCGAAUCAAGGAUUUUUCUUAGGAGCGGUUGCAUCACUAAGGAAUGGCGUAACUGACUGGUGACGUAAACAAAUUUUAAAAGUGAUACCAAGAAGAAGGCUUUUUCAGGCUUUUGACUAGGCAAUAACAUAAUGUGAACUGCUGAGAAUACAUAUCAAACGAUACAGGAGAAUUCAGACAAAACUACCAUUUUUAGGGCGUUUAACAUAAAUUCUCCAACCUCGUCUCGUGUUUUACUUCAGCACCAAUAAACCACCAAUUUUUUUUUUGGCAAAAUACCAGUUAAAUUAGAAAGCCGCAGGUCAUCUUAAGGGGGGAGGGGGUGCGCGAACCCCCUCACCCUCCCCCUAGAUCCGCCCUUGAGGUGUUCAUGUACACACUUCUUCAUUGUCAUUAUCAGCAUCCUUCGGCCUGAGCCGAGACUCCUCAAACUACUCCUUUCUACAUCGAUAUUUUUUAUAUCAGCCAUCACAAUAGAGACCUCCAACCCCGGAAGGCGUCAUUGUACUGUUUUCACCAUAAAAGUUAGCACAGUUAUUUUUAUUGAAGAAGGUUCUAAAGUUCUCUCAUGAGCGUCUUGAUACUUACUUGUUUCCGUUCCCGCUAAAACUCGUGGUAGAAUGACGACAGCUAUCGUGUUUUCCCGCCAAACUAACGCUGGCCCACGCGCGAGCGUGAAUUUUCUAGUGAUUUAUUUUUUCUUUGGCCUUAAUAUUAGGAUUAAAGUGGUUAACCCCUCUACAACAGCCACUCCGGCCCUUAGCUGGCUGUCCUUGCAAGGCUCGGCUGUGCAUUAGAAUGUCAGUAUGUAGUGAGGUUACAGGUUUUAAAGUAAAAAUCCUUGGAAAAUGUUUUUUUUUUUCUUCCCAGUGGCAAAAGAAGGAGACAGGAAAGUUUUAUCAGGAAAUGUUGGAGACAAGACGAACUGUUGAGGAAAAGACCCAAGAGGCGUAAGUAUCUUAUCUUGUCAAUAAUUAACAAAAAAACUACUAACACUGACGCGAAUUGCAUUUGAAAUUAGUUCAAUCCUAGAAGAGAUAAAAAUUGUCCCGAACGGGACAAAUUAUGUCUUAUGUCCGCAUUGCACUGUGAUUAGUGUACGUUUCCCGUGCAUUGUUGGAAAGCCUGGUUCCAGUGUACAUGUAUGUCAAUCGAGGUUUCCAUCGUUAGAAAACUUUGAGUCUGGAAAAAGAAAGUAUUGUAUUGUCUUAGAAAAAGUCCGGGAAAAGCCUCGAAUUUUCCGCCAUCCAAAACUCUGUUCGAACCAUGCUCCAGUUGUGGAUACUAUUUCUGUUUCUCAAGGCUAUCCGCUCAAGAGAGCGUCUUACGGCAAACGGUAAACGUCAGAUGGAAUUGGAAUGAGAAGAUAGAAACGGUCCAAAAUCCUUCUUACUGAUGAACCUCAGUGGCAUAAAACUUGUAAUAUUAGAGAGCUGUAGAUUUGAGGACGAGUGCAAAUGUGAGAUUUAACUUAUAGGUUUUUUCGCGUGUUCUCAAACAAAAAAAGACAGCCCCGAAAGCUUUAUUUUACUUUUUUUUUACCAAAAGGUUUAGUACAGUUAUUUAUACUGAAGGAAGUUAAGCCCUCUCCCGAUAGCAAAAUGCUAAAACUUUCUUACAUUUGAUAACUUGUUCCCGCCACUACGACUUCCUCGCUAAAACUCGUUGUUGUAUGUCGACGGCUAUCACGUUUUCCCGCCAAAAUGACGCUGGUUCACGCUUGAGCAAUACUCAGUAUUGAGAAAAUCUUGUACUCGUAGUCGUCCUCGUCAAAGAAUCUAAGGGUGCGUUUCUUUACUAAAAUCCAAAUCGGGAUUUUUAAUCCGAUCUCGGAUUUUAGUGAAGAAACGCACCCUGAAGCUCUACAUUUAAGUAGAUAUAAAAAACAAUAAACGACAAGGAAAGGGGAAACUUGGUCACGUGGUACAAAUUUCCGUUUGCCGUUUGCCGUAAACGUGACUCGUGGUUCCUUCUUUUUUAGGACGCGAAUAAAGAAACAGCGUGAUCAGGAAAGACAGCGUGCGUUCGAUGAUCGUCACUGGAGCAAAAAAUCCUUGGAGGAAAUGGUGGAAAGAGAUUGGCGGAUCUUGCGAGAAGAUUUUGCCAUCUCUACAAAAGGCAAGAGAUUCUAGGACAGGCUGUUGAAAUCUUGUCGUUUUUGGUCCUGGGCUUGGUUUAUCUGUGCUUUUUUUCUUUUUGUCUGUGGAUUACUCUGUGUACUGUUAAAUACUAACAUAGUUGCAGUCUUAAUCGUCAUUUCCGUCGCAACUGAAGAAAAAUAACAACUGAAGUGUUAUUGCACAAGGAAUGAGCUGAUUAUCACUAAAUACUCUUAGCUGCAAGGAAUUUUUUUCAGAAAAUGAGAACCAAUUUAAGAACCAAAAUAGCGUAAAUUUGUUCUUAUUACCAUUUAUGUAAGAACUUGUUAAGGCUAACUAGGGAAAAUACAGGUUCUUACUCACGGGUCAUUACUGUAUUUUCUCGCUCCUCAUUGCAGGUGGCAAGAUUCCAUUUCCUCUGCGCUCGUGGAGAGAAAGCACCCUUCCAACUUCAAUAUUGGAUAUUGUAGACAAACUGCAAUAUGAGGUAAGCCAGCCGUAUCGUUUCGGUACGAACUCAAGCAGUGAAAUUGCACAGAGAUGUCGAUCACUUCAAGUAUUUUUUUUUUUUUAAAGUUUGCAAUUGAACAAGAAAAACAUUUUGGGUGAAUGUUCUUCGUUCUUUAAGUUAAGUACGUGAAACUAUUUACACCUCGAAGGAACUGACUUGUAUCGAAACGACCGGUAACCCUUUAGUUUAGUCUCCCCCCCCCCCCUUUUAAUGUCACAACCAGAAUGGCGCUUGUUUAAUUUUCACACUCAAGUUAAACUGUUUCUUUACAUCAAUAUUCAUAGUUUGUAAGGUCUGGAAGACGGAGGCAAUGUUAUUAUUCCUUGCUCACGUGGUAUGAGGGUUAGACUGUCAGAGUAUACAUUGAAAAAAAAUCUCGAAGCAUCAUCGGCUAUGCUUUUCUUAAUCUAGUCGCUUAUUUAACCACAGCAGGGCUACCUCAGUUGGUAGAUCAGCAAUGGUCUAGAUUAGAAGGUUGCAAAAGAACUGAGACAGAAGGUUCUGCGCCUGGCAAACGGGUAGACCUUCGCGCGGCUUGGAUGACCACUUUGAGUACAACUGACUUUUAAAUAAAGUCGAUUUUUUAUCUGUUUAUUUACUGAGAGGUUUCACCUACUUUAAAUGAAAAAAGUGAUGUUAUCUGUAGGGCAGAGUUUAUGCUCAGAAUUAUAUGAUUUUCCCAUGUGAAAAAGCUCUUUCAACUCGUACAAAUGUUUCAUUCGUCCAAACCGAAAGUAACACUUUAGAACAACUGGUAGAUUAUCUAUCCUGUGUGUUCAUAGGAACCAACACCAAUUCAGCGCCAAGCCAUUCCUAUUGGACUUCAGAACAGGGACAUCAUAGGAGUAGCUGAAACAGGUGAAGUGAAAACCCAGUAGGGUUAACUAUUGGGAAAAUUUUAACUAUAGAAAUUGUAUUGCAAUAGGUCACACGGAUAUUGAGAAUAGGCGGAUAACAAUUUUUUUUUUCAAUAAAAAGGUAGUGGUAAAACAGCAGCAUUUCUGAUUCCUUUAUUGGUGUGGAUUAUGGGGCUGCCAAAGAUUGAACGUGACGCAGAUGCUGAUAAGGGACCUUAUGCUGUAAUCUUAGCUCCGACCAGGGAACUGGCACAACAGGUUAGUUGGUCAAUUCGCCCUCAGGCGAGUUGGCAUAAGGGCCUCAUGUCAACUCACCGGGGAACUGGCACAACAAGUUAGUUGGUCAAUUCGCCCUCAGGCGAGUAGGCAUGAGGGCCUCAUGCCAACUCGCCCCAACCGUUUACUUUCGCCCAAACAGAUGAGGCUCACUUGCAAGAAUUCACGCUUCCGUUGCGUUGUGCCUUAAGAGCGGCGGUUAUUUUUUUUAGGAAAGAAGCCGAGUUUUUGUGGUCUAUCUACAUUCAUGGGAUUAGUACAUACGUACAUACAUACUUUCUUGUUUCCUUCCCAAAGGGGCUUUUCAGGAAAAAUCAUUAUUGCAAUCAUGACGUUUAAUUACAACACUUACAUUAUUGCUGAUUACAGUGCUUAACUUGUUACUAAUUACAAUACUUAACUUAGCUAAGAAGCAUUUACAAAAUUAUCUAAAAGCUGGUUCCUUAAGACAGUAGUACACCUUCUCGUCGGCAGGAGGGGCUAAAUUACCGUAAACUAUCAGUUAGACUAACUCACCAGGAUUCGUGCCGUAGGUUAAAAGUAAGUACGUUUAUUGUUACAAAGGGUUUACCGCGUUAAAUCAGAGCCAACGGUGCGUCUGUUUUUCUAAUCUUACCAGAUUGAAGAUGAAGCUGCCAAGUUUGGUCGUCCUCUUGGCGUCAGGACAGUGUCCGUGAUUGGUGGGGUAAGAAAUCUACGCAUAAGUCUGACUAUGUCGUUAUCAAUGGUGUCGUAGCUACCCUGGGUGCAAUGUUGGAACAAUUCGCAACAAUGUUGCAACGCUGUGUUGAGCUAAAAUCGUCCCGUGAACAUCACCUUAAAUCAUGUUCGCACAUCGAAUCCGCCUUCACGAGGUACAACGUGGUUCAUCCUACAUAUUGUUAGAGCGGACAUCUGUGGCCAGGACAUGUCGUAGCUCGUGCGGUAGGAGUUCCCGUCUCGGUCGCGAGAAGAAUGGAACAGGACAAAGGUUUCCAACCGUGCCUUUAUUCCUUCUCCAACUUCCCUCCGAGCUUAGAAUUGCUUUCCUAUAAUUCGUAGAGACAGUUGUGGCUCGGUUUCGAAAAUGAAGUGAUUCCCUGAGAAAUACGUGAAACAGAAUUUCAUGGUUGUUGAGCCCGGAGGUAGUCGCUUAUCAGAGAGUCUAAAUACAGCGUUUGUGUCAAAUGGGAUUUUGGAAUCGAAAAGAGAGAUAAGCAGUCAGCCAUAAAAUAAAUAAAUAAAAAGUCAAAUAACACCUACCUUUAUUCAUUAUCUCCAGCUUUCUCGCGAGGACCAAGGAUUUCAGCUAAGGCUUGGCUGCGAGGUAAGCUAAUCUGUUCCCCUUUCGUUCGCUACAACUAGCCUUCGUGGCCAGAGCGAGACGAUGAGAGUGAAGAAAAAUUCAUUCACCACUUGAGAAAUGAGAAGGAGACUGGAGCCGAAAUGCUUGCCGCAAUUGUUUCUGGGAUGGUUACUAGGGAAGCGCCGGUCAGCUAUUGGCCAAUUUUUUUCCAUGUCCCUAGUAACAGUCCCAGAAGUCUUUGCAAAAGUUAACUCGGCCCAGAUUCCCUCUCCUUUUUAAAGUGGCGAGUUGUAGAGAAGUGUUUGUUGCCUUUUAUAUUAACAUGUAUCGCUGAGUACUUACCCCGUUAUUUCUUUUUUGCAGAUUGUCAUUGCUACACCUGGUCGUCUGAUUGAUGUACUCGGUAAAUGUUUUCUUUAUAUUUCUCAUUUCUGCUUCUGCAGUGUUGGCAUCCCACAGUAUCACGAGAUGAUUCGAAAACUACAAUCAUUGGUUUUCUAGCGUUUUUUUUUUUCGAAAUAACAUUGUAAUGUAAAAAAAUACGCCAUCCUCUUCUUUUUAUGUAUGAGUCUACUUUUAUCCGAACCGUCCUUAGCCAAGUAUAGUUGUCUUGUGGCAGUAGGGUAAGUUUUUGUUUGGGUUAAACAGGGUAGGACGUUUUCCUUCAUCAACGGCCUCUUUUCCUGGAAUCAAUGAAGAUUUCAAUCCAGGACCCCGGUCCUAACUCCAUUAGUUCUUUCCCUACUGUUCCUCUCCUUGUAUUUCAGGGUUUCUCUAUUUUUCGUGCCUUCAGUUCUGGUGCCCAUUUGAUGGCGGUGCCGGAAUUGGAAAUGGUAUAGAGUUAAACUAAGUUAUUCAAAAUUCAAGGCGAAAAAGAAUCUGACUGUAUCUUCUCUGAGACAUGGCAAAGUUGCAAUUUCGUUGUUCAUAAGAUUUGAAGUAAUUGGUUGAAGCUUUUUGUUCUUCUUUUUUCUACAGAAAAUCGAUACCUUGUACUCAGUCGCUGUUCGUAUAUUGUUCUAGAUGAGGUUAGUAGUUUUAACUUGUUUUUAAUUUUUUUCUCGAAAUUUUGAAUCAGAUAAAGAAUAAGCUAUUUUACUAAGGAAAAUGCGAUGGAAAGCCCUACUCUAUACUCAAUCAUUCGUCUUCAGAAAAUCUGAGCCAUAUCUGUGGUACUAUUGUAGGCCGAUCGUAUGAUUGACAUGGGCUUUGAACCUGAUGUUCAGAAGAUCUUGGAGCAUCUUCCAGUGAGCAACGUCAAACCUGAUUCAGAAGAUGCCGAGGAUCCAGAAAAGCUGUUAGCUUAUAUGGGAAAGGACAAGUUUAGACAGGUUCGUAUAAAUAAAUAAAUAAAUAAAUUUAUUUAUUGAUUUCUUAAUUAAACCGCGGGCUCAGUGUUUCUGUGUUUUUAGACUGGGGCGCUUGUUAGAAUUAGGAGGGGCUUAAAGAAUUUUCACGGUUCACAUGAAGUUGCCUUUAAUAUAAUAGUGAACUUACGCAACAGGACGGGAAAGGAAAGGAGAUGGCAAACCUUGUGUGACAAGCGUGACAAUUUUGUUUUAAAAACAGACCAGAAAACAUUAAUGAUAAGGGAAGACCACGACAACACUCCCAAGCAAUAGCCCUGUCACGUUUGUCACACAACCGUUUUGCCGUCCUCUUCUUCCUGCAGUCCUGCUGCGUAAACUCACUAAUAACUGUUUGUAGCCUUCGUGUUUGGUUUGUUUCAACAACGAAAAUAGGAGAUGUCUCGUCGAGGAGAUGAAGUUGUGACUGUAGUCAGUGGACACUACUAGAAUGCAGUGUAACCACCAGUUGAACUUUUGAACAAUAUCACUAAAGACCUGUGAACUGAGAUUAGUAUCAUUGGCUUUUCUGUUUCACCUUUUUUUAGACUGUAAUGUUUACGGCGACAAUGCCUCCACAAGUAGAACGCUUGGCCAGAAACUAUCUAAGGUCAGUUAUCGGUUUUACUGUUUACUGAAACUGUGUUUUCUAGAUAGAUGUGCUUCAUUGGCGAUCUAUCCGCAUACAAAGCCGCUCACAUUAAUUAUAAAUAACUAAAUAAUAAAUAAUUCCGGUAUAUACCCCCGGUAGAUUUCGAGCAGUCUCUCUUUAUUCUUGGUCGGUCGAGCAAAACGCGCGUGACUAAAGGCGCGAGACGGGAGAGGCAUGAAAAAAGAGAGACUCUCUUUUAUCUUCUCGGGCUGCCGCAGUCGUUUCUAGCGUCUCGCUCGAAGCUCGCGCGCGUGCAUUUUCCUCCAUAAAUCUGAAGAAAAAGAGAGACUGCUCGCAUUCUAACCCCCCAGCAACGUUUACCGCGCAAGGCUGGUGAGACCGAGCAAACGACUGAAAGAAAGUAGGUCAAAAAGACCAUUUCCGUACUCGAAAAUCCCUCACUUUAAAAAAGCGAGGCCGUGUGCAUGACCCCAUUUGUGAAAAUGAACUUCAUUUGCUUGAGAAUUAAAAAAUCGUUUUCAUAUCAGAGACUUUCACACUUAGCUUCGUUUUAAAACAGAGGCUUGGGACAACUUGGAAUUUGCCCAUACACGUAACGUAACGUAACAAGACUAACUGCAUAGAGGCAAAUCAGUUGGAUAUUUACAACCUUGGUUGAGGAUUUGAACAAAUCCAGCAAGCGAUUAGGGCGGGUAUUGAACCCAUGGUCUUCGGAUAGCAAGUCUAACGCCUUAACCGCUCUGCCACGCUGCCGCCUACCCUUGAAUCCCCAAUAUCAGCACCCAUAUUCCAGUUCUCAUCAUAUUUAUCAUCACCUGUACGUUUAAGCAGUGAUACGUUAUGGAGCAAUUAGAUGCUGAUCUACAUCAUAAAACGAGGAGCAUUGACGAAUAAUUCUUUGCUAAAAGGCAAUCUUAAGUGACUGGGAACCUAACAUUGUGAUGGUUUAUUUUUCUUUCAGGCGCCCAGCUGUGGUUUACAUCGGUUCUAUAGGUAACAAGUCUGUUUUAACCCUCCUUGAACGGGAUAUACAUUGUAACGGGGAUCUUUCUGUUCCUUUUUUUUCCCUUUGCUGGAUUAUGACGGUCACACAUCGCUCAUUGACGCUGCAUAUCCAACCAAUUUUACACCAUACUGAAUUAUGCCAGGGAUGAUUUCCUGAAAACUAGCUUACCACGUUAUGAGCUAAACUGCAGUUGUCAGGUUCAUCUUGCGAGCCUGGUUCCUCAAAAGAUAUCAGUUUAGUUUAACCCAGGGUAAAACCUAAUUUUAAGCAAAGUUUUCUUGUUGGAGGUUUUGAAAUAUUGUCCAGGUUAUUAAAGCGGGCAGCUCUACUGUUUGUAUUUCUGUAUUAAAGUAAUUCAAUUUUCUCUCAUCACUUCACAGGCAGACCAGUCGAGAGAGUGGAACAGAAAGUUUAUUUGGUUAAAGAACAAGCAAAGAGGUACGCCUGCGUGUAUCAUCUCUUAUAUAUUUAUUAAACUGUAGCAAUGUAAAAAAAUAUAUUUUCGCGAGAUUAAUUGCGGUGUACUGUAGUUUUUUACUUCGAGGUCACAUUAUAUCUAACAGUUGAACUGUUUUCCGCCAAAAUCUCUUAGCAGGCAACAUUGCAAAAUAUAUGACGCCAGAGGGUAACAGUGCACUGUUACCUGCGAAUGUUGAGGUUUAAUGAAUUUCAAGCUAUAUAGCAAAUCACUUCGGGAAACAGUUAAUUUUGUUUCCGUUGAAUCUCAAUGUCGUCCUCGGCUUAUUAGGAAAUAAUAUUAGCUGCUUCGCUCGGAACCAGUCAUUUUAAAAGUGUUUAUUGUUGUUUCCUUGACAGGAAGAAGUUGUUAGAGAUACUGAACGCUGGCAUUGAUCCUCCGAUCAUGAUAUUUGUCAAUCAAAAGAAGGUGAGAGUUGCGUGUCACCGCAGCUGAUAGUUGAGAUGACGUGCAAAAACAACCCACGGAAAUUGAGCGGAGAGCGAGGGCGGAGCUCUCAUGCACUGACUCCCUCCUUGUUUUCGUUUAGUCCGCGUGGAAGGCGUUUGAAGGGGAUAAGGUGGACGAGAUAGCUACGCGAGGAAGGAGGGAAGCCAUCGCGCGAAUUUCAUGUACUCGCGUGCCUUACUUCCCCUUUUCCCGUCUUCAAUGCUGGCUAGUCUUCGUUCGCCCCUUUAGUUUCGUCCGUUGUUUCUACCUGAGAUCUUGCGACAGGCUGUCAGGGACCUUUAGGCUAUAAUCACACUAUACCGGACAGAGUUUGCCCCAGCACAAAAACCGUACCGGACAGGACUUCUGUUCGCACAUAAGAACGGUGAUUUCGGAGCGGUUUCUGUAACAAGCGAAGCUGUGUCACGCCGAUCUCUUAAGUGGAAAGUCACAUAUCGGAUAAGUUUUCGUACUGCACCGGAUACCUUCUCGCUUCGGCACGAAAAGCUGUCCGUUAUAGUAUGAAUACAGCCUCAGAUUCGAUUACGAGUAGGAGAUUGAGUAGGAGCUUUCAAACCAAGUUCAUGAGCUCAAGAUAAACACUUUUCACAACAAUCUUUUAAGUCUUCUCUACGUUUUGUUAGCAGCAGGAAAGAGAGAGAGCCCUGACAACAUAAAUGGCUUGAAAUUCUAAUGUCGCACUCAUAGUCGCUGAUCACGCACUCCGAGUCAAAUCUAAAGGUUGCUUACCGUUGCUUAUGAGACGACAUAUCUGUAAUAAUGUUUUGCUGAUUAACUCUUUUUCCGUCUGUCUUAGGGAGCGGACGUGCUCGCCAAGUCCCUGGAAAAAAUGGGCGUAAGUUAUCGUUUGUGGCGUUGGGCGUGGGUGAUUUUAUAUCUUUUCUCUUCGAUGUAGGCUAUGGUUUUGUUGUAAUUUGUUUUACCAAACGAACUUUAACCUGCGAGCAAGCUCUCCAUUGGGGUUGGAUCGCGAGAAGUCACGCGAGAGCAGCACGCUCCUGCGUUCUCUCGCCAUACAUGGAGAGUUUGCUAGCGAGGUAAACGAACUUGAGUGAAGCAGUGGCUGCUUGAACGCCAUUGCGGAUCACUAAAGUUGUUUUUAUAUAAGGGUUUUUUGUGCCAGGUAAAACGAGCAAAUUCUGUUUUGGUCGUCAGUUUUGGCUGACAGCGUAUAAGGCGGAUCGUGAACACUCGGGGCAAACGUUUUUCACUGUCAUUCUUAAAGUGCCUGGUUUGCCCACUAUUUGAUUUCAUCCACGGUCGUUUUUAUCCUUUUGUUUCUUCAGUUGCAUACCUCCCGUUUUUUAAUUUUCGUUCCCGAGAGCGGGCACAUACAUAACUUCCUGAAUUUUUUCUUACAGUUCCGUGCUACAACACUCCACGGCGGACGAAACCAAGAACAAAGGUGAGGUUUAGAUGUAACCUCUUCUUUUUAUUUCGUCGUCAUGGUUGUUAAAUGUCUGUUUUGUAAAUCUAGAGAGACACCGAGAGUAUAGGAAACUAAGAAAACAAGGGCCUGAACAAGGGUAUUGGACGGAUGGAACGAUGUUUCAGUGAAAUUCCCGACUGUUUUGUACACCAGUGUUGUCGUUUUUUACAUGAAGUUAUGAUCGUCGCAGUGGUAGUUGUAAUUUAAGCAAUUACAAAUAUGUAUAAGCCCGAAAAAAAAAAAUUCGGGACUUCAUCGAACCCAUGGCCUUUGCGUUAGCGCUGCAGUGCUCUACCAUUUGAGCUAUGAAGACCCAUAUAUUGGGAGCAGGCCAAUUUGUUGAGUUCACCUUCACCGGUGAAAGGAAUGAAACAUGAAAGACGAUGUGAACUGCCGAAGUACAAAUUUUAUGGAGAUAUGAUCGUCGAAGUGGUAGUUGCAAUUUAGACAAUAACAAAUAAACCCGAAAAAAAAACCGUUUUUAGGUUAAAUAGCUCUGUCAACGAUAAUCUUCGAUCGGGCCCUUCUUUUUUUUAGCAAGCACGACGAGCCCGCUGUCGUUUGCUUGAUUAAACUUUGCAAACAUUUUUGCCAUGCAUCUCUACACUCAGUUUCAUUAGUUUGUCAACUGAGUCGAACAUACGCGGUUACGUAACAUCUGCAUCUUAAUUCUGAACCUGUCAUAAAGAUUCAUUUUGUUGGUUUUCUUUCAGAGAGUUUGCAUUGUCGAGUCUUAAAGCUGGUGCUAAGGACAUCCUUGUGGCCACUGAUGUAGCCGGUCGUGGUAUUGACAUAAAGUAGGUUUCAUGAUAAACAGUUUGAUUUCUUUGUUUUCUUGCUUUUGUUGUCUCCAGGCCUGAAGAUGAUUUUCUUAAACUCAUUUUCAAACCCAACCUGGAGACCGGUUAAUCGGAGAGAACCCUGGGAACGGGGUUGAUGGUCAAACUUAUGAAGUUUUUUUUUUCUUCACUGAAUGUGUGUAAAAUAGCGCAAGUAAAAUCUCUCAAAGUUGAUUUCUUCAUUUCAUUUUUUUUUUUCAGGGAUGUUUCACUUGUUCUUAACUAUGACAUGGCCAAGUCAAUCGAAGGUAAGUGAUGAGUUUAACAUUGAAACCUUAGGCUUAAAGUAAAAGUAAUUCGUCGAGACAAACAGAGUUGAUAAUCUUAUCUUAACUCACUUUCAUACUAACUGAUAUACAAACUUCAUUAAGUACGGAGUUAAUCAGUAUGUAAUGCGUUUAAUUUUACGGUCUCAUUUCCUCAUCCAUGUACACUUUUGGUUUUUAUGUAUUACAUUGUGAUAAUUAUUGGACAAUUUUGAACGAUUAUUUUGAUGUUUGAGUCAAAUUAUAUCUAUUCGGUGACUGCUGGAAUAGACCUUAUUCACGAUACCCGCCAUCCCACGAGCGAAAGGAUUUAUGGGAUAAAGGAAAUAUCGUGUGGUUUCUAAGGAGGCAAAAAACUUAUUAAAAGCUGUCAAUAAAAGAAAUCGCAGCCGACUUUGUUUAUUCCCUCAGAUGAGAAACCACGUGACAUCCCAUUCCAUCAACCUUGCGCGCUUCCAAAGGUGGUGGGUAUUACGAAGAAGGUCUAUUGCCUAAAUUUACGGAAGCCACCACAUAGCCAGUGCCCUAUGGCUGCUAACAUGUCAUUGUUUUCAUUUUUUAUCAGGCUACACUCAUCGUAUUGGUAGAACCGGUCGAGCAGGAAAAACCGGUGUUGCCAUCACGUUUUUGACCCAGGAGGACUCAGCAGUGUUUUAUGACCUCAAGCAGACAUUAUUAGCGAGUCCCGUAAGUACAAUGCUUUCAAUUUUACAGAGCGUCAAAAAACCCAUUUUUCCACUCACUGAAAGUUGAUUCGACUAUAACUAACUGAUUUGUGUUCUUGCUAAUCUUGUAUAUUGUUUAUGAAUUUUAUUGUUCAUAUCUGAGUCUGAAUUGGGUUAAAAUGUUUAUUCUUGUUUGCCCAAAAUUUAACAUUUAUUGUAAAAUAUUUUUGGUUAAACGGGUUAUAGUGUCUUAGGCGAAAAUUGAGUGUUACAGGGCCAAUGUAGUGCUCUAAAUCUUUACCCAGGCGCUAGUUAAGUAUCAGACUAAUUUUCGUAUUUACUAUUUAUGUAUAUGCGAAUGGAUUCUUCGUCGUGCUAUGGCGAAUAACAAGCAAAAAACACUAACAUGAACAGUUGUCAGCGGUUAUGACAUGGGGGAGGGGUACAUUGUCUUUAGUAAAUGGCUUAUUUCUGUGUCGUUUAUAGGUGAGCCACUGUCCUCCGGAGCUUGAUAAACAUCCUGAUGCACAGCACAAACCUGGCACAGUGCUUACAAAGAAGAGAAAGGAAGAAACCAUUUUUGUAUAA